AUGUCGGCCGAGGAGCACGCCGCUGGACUCAGGCAGGAGCAGAAGUCUUCAGGGCAGCUGCUGCUCAAACAGACGUGUUCCUUCUCUCAGCAGAACCCAGGGCAGUUCUGCGUCCUUGUGUGUGGCCUGUGCGCCUGCGGAGCCGUCCUGGGGCAUGUCAUUCCUGGGGCACUUCUUCCCUUCGCUUUAGUGCUGGGGCUCUUCCUCUGGCCGCUGCUCUCCUCCCUGACCCUGGAUUUGGACCAAUGUGUCGACAACAUGCUCCACAACCUCGCACUGACUCAUGAGCCUGGUGUUGCUCAGCUGCAGACCCCAGAGUCAGACCGAUCCUCCAUCAACACCAAGCUGAGUGAAGGCCCCGCCCCCCAGUGUGAAGGCCACGCCCCCCAGUAUAAAGGUCCCAUCUACAUCAGCGGCCAAUCAGAAGAAGUCGUCAGAGAAGAGACCCAGGAUCUACUGCAAUCCACUGCAGAGGAGGAUCCAGAGGAGGCCCCAGAGGAGGCCCCAGAGGAGGCCACAGAGGAGGCCCCAGAGGAGGCCCCAGAGGAGGCCACAGAGGAGGCCCCAGAGGAGGCCACAGAGGAUGCCACAGAGGAGGCCCCAGAGGAGGCCCCAGAGGAGGCCCCAGAGGAGGCCACAGAGGAGGCCACAGAGGAGGCCACAGAGGAGGCCCCAGAGGAGGCCACAGAGGAGGCCACAGAGGAGGCCCCAGAGGAGGCCACAGAGGAGGCCACAGAGGAUGCCACAGAGGAGGCCCCAGAGGAGGCCACAGAGGAGGCCACAGAGGAGGCCCCAGAGGAGGCACCAGGCUUGCAGUGCUCACUACAGAACAGCCUUUAUGACCAGUGCUUUAUUGGGUAUCAAGAACAGAUGGUGGGGCCCCACAAAGACUGGGACAGCAAUGAUGUGGGGGCCCCAGGGGAUGGCAAUGAUGUGGGGGCCCCAGGAGACAGCAGUGAUGUGGGGACCCCAGGGGACAGCAAUGAUGUGGGGACCCCAGGAGACAGCAGUGAUGUGGGGACCCCAGGGGACAGCAAUGAUGUGGGGACCCCAGGAGACAGCAGUGAUGUGGGGACCCCAGGAGACAGCAGUGAUGUGGGGGCCCCAGAAGACAGCAGUGAUGUGGGGGCCCCAGGAGACAGCAGUGAUGUGGAGGACUUUGAGCUGCUGGAGCACUCAGAGCUGGAGCAGUAUGAGGAGCCACCUGAGCAGCGACACACACCUUCCAUCCGCAGCUUCCUCUGUAGACUGCUGCGGUGA